GUGCGCCGGAGAAGCAGGUCGGCAGGGAUCCACAUCUCCGCUCUGGGGCGUGGAGUUCCUUAGCAUCUUUAGCUCAUCUGCUAACUAGUAGCAAGCAAGAUCCAUCCUCAUCUCUUGUUAAACAAUGGAACGGGAAAGUUAACUCUAGGCUUUACUAGACCAGAGACCUGCAGCAUCCUCCUCUAAAACUAGAACGACCUCAGUGCUGGUGGAUAACCCCCCCGAAGCACAUCCUAGUGAAUUUGAACUGACGGUGGAUACUACAGCUUCCAUCCAGACAGCAAACCAAAGGAGAGCAUUUCCGUUGCUCAUUUUAUUUGAUACAUUGACUCUUUCUAGUGUCUGUUUCCUAUAGUUGUGAACUGAUUUUCUAACAAGAGGCUGCUGUUAAAAUAACCAGUAAAAAUGGGUCCUGGAAUGGAGGCAGCCGACAUUGCUGUGGUAGCACUGUAUUUUGUCCUGGUGCUAUGCAUUGGGUUCUUUGCCAUGUGGAAGUCCAAUCGCAGCACAGUAACUGGCUACUUCCUGGCGGGACGGUCCAUGACAUGGAUGGUCAUUGGCGCAUCACUCUUCGUGAGCAACAUUGGUAGUGAACAUUUUAUAGGCCUGGCCGGGUCAGGAGCAGCAAGUGGCUUUGCUGUUGGAGCAUGGGAAUUUAAUGCACUUCUACUCCUGCAGCUGCUUGGCUGGGUGUUUAUUCCUGUGUAUAUCCACUCAAGGGUGUACACCAUGCCUGAGUACCUGUCGAAACGCUAUGGAGGCAACAGGCUGAAGGUUUACUUUGCUGCCUUGUCUGUGCUGCUAUACAUUUUUACCAAGCUGUCUGUGGACCUAUAUGCCGGAGCUUUAUUCAUUCAGGAGUCACUGGGUUGGAACCUUUAUCUGUCCAUAAUCUUACUCAUCAGUAUGACUGCACUGCUCACUGUUACUGGCGGGUUGGUGGCAGUAAUGUACACUGAUGCCCUUCAGGCAGUGUUGAUGAUUGGUGGGGCCCUCAGCUUAACCAUAAUCAGCCUAGUCAAGGUUGGUGGACUUGAGGGUGUCAGGACUAAGUACAUGCACGCAAUUCCCAAUGUUACUGCCAUAGUAGCCAGUGGAAACUUCUCCUAUUCUCCAUCCUGCCGUAUAGAGCCCAAGCCAGAUUCACUGCGCAUCCUCCGGGGUCCUCUGGAUGAGGACAUCCCAUGGCCAGGCUUCAUUCUUGGCCAAACUCCAGCUUCCAUUUGGUAUUGGUGUGCAGACCAGGUCAUUGUGCAGAGGGUACUUGCAGCAAAGAACAUUGCUCAUGCUAAGGGCUCCACCCUCAUGGCUGGAUUUCUCAAGAUCCUGCCCAUGUUCAUCAUCGUCAUUCCAGGCAUGAUCUCCCGCAUCCUCUUUGCGGAUGAGAUAGCCUGCAUUGGGCCAGAACACUGUGUGUCUGUGUGUGGGUCUCAGGCUGGCUGCUCCAACAUCGCCUACCCACGCUUGGUCAUGUCUGUGAUGCCUGUAGGACUGAGGGGUCUGAUGAUGGCUGUCAUGAUCGCUGCCCUGAUGAGUGAUCUCGACUCUAUCUUCAACAGUGCAAGCACCAUCUUCACCUUGGACAUCUACCAGAGUGUUCGCCACGGGGCAUCACAGCGAGAGCUGCUGAUUGUAGGCCGCAUGUUUGUAGUGUUAAUGGUGGCAAUUAGCAUUGCCUGGGUCCCUGUCAUUAUUGAAAUGCAGGGUGGACAGACAUACCUCUACAUACAGGAAGUUGCUGGCUACCUGACGCCACCCAUUGCUGCCCUCUUCCUGCUAGGUGUGUUCUGGAAGCGCUGUAAUGAGAAAGGUGCAUUCUGGGGCGGCAUGACAGGUUUCACACUAGGUACCAUACGAUUGGUCCUAGCAUUUAUCUACCGUGAGCCUCGCUGUGACCAGCCAGAUAAUAGGCCUGCUAUCAUCACUCAUGUCCACUACAUGUAUGUGGCUGCUGGACUGUUCUGGAUUUCUGGGCUGGUGACUGUGGUGGUCAGUCUCUGCACCGCUCCACCAGAUAAGGAGCAAAUUCGUACCACCACAGUGUGGGGCCUGCGCAACAUUGAAAAGGUUCCCCUGAAGGACCGGGAGGAAACAUACAGGUUAACUGAGAAGAGCCAGUAUAAUGGAAAUGGAGGUUUCCGUAAAGAUCUGCCCCCAGAUGUCCAAAAUGAGAGGUCUCUGGAUGGGGCGGAUAUCAAACUCCUUGUCCCAUCCACUGACCAUGAUCCAGCAACGCCCAGCACGGAGACAUCUCUAACAACCACCCCUGCAGAACGAGUUGGCAAUGGAAAUUUGGGGAUGGGCACAGCAGAGGAAGGCUGCCACCGUAAUGGGGAGAGAGGCAGGUUCCUGCAUUUUCUGGACUGGCUUUGUGGGUAUAAGGAAGCACACAAUACCCAGCCGAAAGUGAUUGAGGAGGACGAAAGAGUCAUUAUGAAUAUGCUGUACGAACCGCCUAGAGUUAAACUGUUUCUCAACUUGGGCCUGCUUCUUGUCUGCUCUUUGGGCAUCUUCAUGUUUGUUUAUUUCUCACUGUAGUUUUAACCAGCACUGAACUAAAGGGGACUGGAUCGGGGGUUGUAUGUGGGUGGAAGUUGUUUUGGGGUGGAAGCUAUUAACAAAGGCACAGUUGAAUUUUCAGAGAUUUGACAAUUUCUGUCUGUAAUAUUUACAGUUGGCUAUUGUAGCUCUCUAACAGGGAUUACAAGCUUAUUCUAAUCAUUUUUUUUAAAUGAUUGAAGCUUCUCCACCAUUAAAAAAAUAAACAAAAAAGGUAUUCCUUUAUGACUAUAAAGCUCAUUUGGCACUAGCGUGCCAAUUUUGUACAGCGCUUAUUGUUAAUCCUGCAUAAAGAAUAUCUACUGGGAUUUUUAGAAUUGUUGUACUCUAAGUGAAUUUAAUAUUUGCCUUAUUUGACAAAUGGAGUUGUUUUUUGUUUUUAUUUUGUUAAUAUUAUUAUUACAUUAUUAUUUUGUUUGCUUUUGUAUGGUGAAAAACAAAUGUAUUCUGUGAUUAAAGGUAUUUUUUCCAGUUCCUUUUUUUUUUUUUUUUUUUUUUUUUAACCACAUGUUGACAGUGACUAUAGGCUAAGUUGCAGGUGUACCUAUUCUUAUCAGUGUCUCUGUAAUAAGUCAUGAAUUAAUUUUAGGUUAUCGGCCAUGACCAUUUUGUCGUGACCGAGUUCUGCCACUGUAAUCUGUGAUUAUUACAGCAUAAUGUCAGUAGCCCUUCAAGUAUGUGAUUUUGUCUUUGAUUUUUAUAUUGCACUGACAUGUCAUUUCAAAAUGGCAAGCAAAGUAGCUGUAAAGUUUCUGGAGAAUAUGUGGAAGUGAUAAUCCAAGCAUUUCUCAUAUAUAGGGACCAUUGUAACGAUUACAAAACAAGCCUUUACUCGUGGAUUUUCACUGUUUAUCUCAUUCCUCUGUGCAUUUGUAAGUGCUAAGAAGCAGCAGUUUAGGCCUGCUCAUCAAAUUGAUUUGAUUUAGCCCAUUGGUGAGGUAUUCCAUCAGUACUGUCAUAUUGUUUUGUCAAACCUAUGUAUCUGGUAUUUAGAGCAAGAAGAACGAAACAGAAGAAGCACAAUUUGCUUGAGUCAUGUUAGUAUGCUUCCUCAAAAUAAAUUUAUUUCCAUCCAUAGAGAAAAAAAAUAGCCUAUCUUUAUAUAGUAUGUCACUCACCAUUUUGAUUGGCUGUUCAGUGAAUAGUUGCUGUUAUUGUUGAUCUAAUUCCAUUUGUGUCUGGAGCUGUUUUGCUGCUUUAUUAUUAUUUUUUAUUAUUAUUAUUAUUAUAAUUUUCAAGGUUUAUAAAUUCCUCUGCUACUGUGUUGAGUUUGGUCAUUUUUAUGUGGCUCUAUAAUGUGUUGCAAUUCAAAACCAACGUACAACUGUUUAUGCACUACUAUUGUACCUGUACAAAAAAGCAACAAGUACCAAGGCUCAUAAUUCUGUAUCAAUUACUAUUUCAUGCAUAUUUUGUAUUUUACGUUUAUCAUCUCUUUUUUGAAAACUUUGCUUGUGAAGUCUGUUGUAUUGUGUUAAUAUGUUGUUCAUGAUAUUUCAGGGCUCACUGGAUCACCCACAAUAUGCGUGUCUUUUGUGUACUGCAGUGCUGAACUGUCAUUUAAUCUUAUUUCAAGUGCAUCUUUUAUAAACCUCUUCUUACCAAAUGUGUCUUAGUGUGCAAUGUUAAAGCAAAAAAAACAAAAAAAAGUUGAGUUUUUGCAUCCUGAAAAUUUUGUGUAGUGAACACCACACCUGUUAAAGCCAUGUGAUAAAUCAGUUAGCUUAGUUGUGUAGUACAUUUUCAGCUAAUCAUGAGCUGCAUAUCAACAGAGAAUCAAAAUGCAAAGUUGAAGAGGCAUCUCAGAUGUUGGGCAGUUUUGUUGCAGGAUUCGCACAUCACUGGAUGAGCUUAUUCAUAACACUAUCAAGGGUAGUUUGGCCAGGUGUGUAGAGUUGCCGGCCUUCUGGAUUGAUGUCAUUACUCAGUCGGUACCUCUACCACUGUGUAAGGUGUCUGAAUGUCAACAUCCUCCCCCUUCAGUCUACGCAAGAAGGAAGAAACAAACUGUGCAUUGUAUUGUGGAGUCAGACUGGGGAGGGGAUUAACCUCAGUCCAGAAAGUCAGUGUCACAAUGUGGCAGGUCCAUCUUUUUCUAUGUCAGGCAAAACGAUGCGGAAUAAAUGGGAAUAAAUGGAGGGUUGAUAGACAGUGAUUGCUGUGUGGAGAAGAGCUUUAAAUCUUUGUUUCCUUUUUUGAGAGAAUAUACAUUGUUAUUUUUAUGGAUUUUAUUUUUAGAGAUUGAAAAUCAAUAAAGUGUCU